UAACUUCAUAGCAGUGUUGCUUCUCUUUGUCAGAGGACUGACUUCCGUUUUCAUGUUUGGUCCAGGUUUCUGGAAUUUACUAUCUCCUGAGCCUCUGAUCCAUCCCUCGCUUUGAGAAACGGUAGUUGUGAAUCAGUGUUUUGGAGACGGAGCUGACAAAAGGAGCUUCAUUUCAGCCUGUGGAGAGUUAGCGUCCGUCAUUCUGUUUCAUCCUUGAACAACACGACUGUUUACCUAGCUAGCUGGCUAGCAUCAGCCAGCUGAGUUAAAUCACCUAGCAUGUUUCGGUUCUUGAAUGACGUUGAUGACGACCCCUACAUGAUGGAUCCAUUUGCAGCUCACAGGCAGCAGAUGAGGCUGAUGUUCGGACCAUUUGGCAUGGACCCCUUUGCUCUCGCCCCCCAGAUACAACCGCCCCGCGCACCACGCAGACAGGCUGGUGCACUGACCCCCUUCGGCAUGAUGGGAAUGGGUGGUGGUGGUGGUGGUGGAGGGUUCAUGGAUAUGUUUGGCAUGAUGGGAGAAAUGAUGGGAAACGUGGAUAGAAUGUCCGGUUCGCCGAACUGUCAGACGUUUUCCUCUUCGACAGUGAUCUCCUACUCCUCUUCAGACACGGGGCCUCCUGAGGUUUACCAACAGACCAGCGCGACGAGAACGGGCCCAGGAGGGAUCCGCGAGACGCGACAGUCGAUGAGGGACAGCGAGAGCGGCCUCGAGCGUCUCGCUAUCGGCCACCACAUCGGGGAACGUGGACACGUAAUGGAGCGUUCACGAAAUCGCCGCACCGGGGACCGAGAGGAACGACAAGACUACAUUAACCUCGAUGAGACUGAUGCUGGAGCGUUUGAUGAGGAGUGGAGGAGGGAGGCAGGAAGGUACGUCCCCCCGACUGCCCGGGCGCUAGAGUACGGCCGAGAGCGACGAGGAGGAGGUCAGCAGCUGGCACUUACUGCCCCUCCCACUUCGACAAGCCCACCAAGCCCUCGGCACGAGUCCCCCAGACACCGUCAGCCCCAGACUCGCCCGCGUUACGACUGGUGAAAGGUGUCACACUUGGGCCACCAGAUGGAAGGAGUUGAGGGAAGCUUUCCCCCGAUGCUGUGAACCACGCUGAAGACGGAAGUUGGACGAUCGUCACAACUGCCCGUCGUAAAUGUUUGAUAUGACUGGACUGUCUAUUCAUGAACAACAUACACACACACGACAAAACCCCACACGCUCGAUAGUUACAUUAACAGUUCUCCUUCUCCACUGUUCCCCACACACACACACACACACACACACACACACACACACACACACAUACACCCUUGUACAAACAUGGGUAUAACUACACUCACUUUAUAUAUACUCAUUCUCAAAACUUGACAUGUGUUUUUGCCCACUGCACUAAGGUGCUACAGUAUACAGUACAUCUGCUGUACAGUCCAUUUUAUGUUUGUGAAGACACUAGUGUGUCAGUGAAUUGAAUUGUAUACUGUUAACUAAUUAAUCUAACUAAAUAAAAGUUCAUUAAACAUUGUUAGAUAAUUACAAAA